CUUCGGUCGGCGGUUCCAGCCUUAAUUGAAUUCUUUUAUUGUUUACCCUGUCCAAUUUUUUUCCAACAUACUUUUCUAUUGCAAACUAUCUCCUCGUAUACGCAAUUCCUGUAUAUAUGCAUUCUAACAAAUAAUCAUUCAAUUACCAUACCAGCAAUAUGCACAACGUCAUGCUUCGACCAUCCAUACCUCAGCCACAGUUUAAUAUCUCCACACACUUCUCCACAACGAUACCAUGCGAGCCAUUGGCAACUGAAAAAGGUCACUUUGUGAAAGCACUCUACAGUUUUGUGCCACCGUCAUCCAGCAUCAAAGACAACCGAUGUCUAUAUUUCCACCAAGGCGAUACCAUUGAAGUAUUGGGUCGUCACGAAUCCGGUUGGUGGGAUGGCCGUUGUGGUUCUCAACGGGGUUGGUUUCCAAGUACCUAUGUUGGCGCCACGCUUGAAACAUCUAGUUCCACCACUGAUUUGAACUUGUUACAUGGUCAAAACGAGUUACAACAGUCAGAAACGCAACGUUCGGAUCGGGAUCGGUCCCUGUGCAGUACAGACGACCUCGAUAAGGAGGAUCACACCAUUUCAGCACUGUCAAAAUCCAUGUCACAGCAUGCUUUGCACCGCAUUGAGGAAAUUGCACGUUUGAUGACGUUACUCAUGCAAUCUGAGCCCACCAAACAUCCCUCACAGCUGUUUCAGCUCGCCAUUCAGAUCAGAUCACUGCUUUCCUUGACGACCGCUUGCUCCACCUGUACUUUGCCACGGCAUCGACAUACUAUCUAUACGACACUUCAUGAACUAGUGACGGCAACCGACGAUGAAGAUUGCCAGCACUUGAUCAACCGAUUAUGGACCCAGCUUGUUUUGUAUGAGGAAAUGCAUUGUGCCACGAUGACACAAUCUUCUCACGCAUCCGAUGUCCCGAGCAUUCACCAUCCGUUUACGUCUGCAAGCGAAGGAGACGACCCUUCUUUUUCCGUUUUCUCCUCUUCCAUGAACAUCGACUGCAUGUCCGCCUUGCUACUCGGGUACAAGGCCGAACUGGCGGAAUUGCUCACCCCCACAACAGAUAUGAAAACAGAACAUAUUACCGUUUUGAUACGGAAAAGAGAGGUGAUUUUAAAAGCCUUUAAUGACUUGGCCUAUACUUUGAAACCCUCGGCUCCCAGUGACGACGAUACCAAUGCUCAAGCGAAUGGCCAAGACCAUGUACCAGACGCCAUUGGCGAUCCUAUACCGCCAUUGUCGACGGCCCGUUCGUCAUCCGUUUACGAUUCUUCCAAUAGUAGCAUAAAUGAAACCGACCGACUGAGUCUUCCCUCCGAUACUUCCUGGUCGCAACAUCGACUAAGUCAAGCGUCCUCCGACAGUGGCAGUCGCUACCUCGAUCAUCUUCAUUGCCGCACUCUUUCAGUGGGCGAUCAAGCCGAUGACGACGUGCCUGUUCAUCCCCUUAGAGGCUCGGGUCCCGAAAAAGAGUUCAAAAUGCCCUCUCUCCACUCGAGUCCAAGCAUGGCUAUGGAAAAAGGCGGUGCCGUGUCCCAUGACGACUAUUAUGCAGUGACGAGCUCGGUGCCGGCUUCACGUCGAUCCUCAAAAUCCCAGCCUCUGCCUUUGAAAGUCGCCUCCUCAGUGGAACUCCGUCGUCCAAGCGAUAAACCUCUUUUGAACGGCGCUGAGAGUUCAGACACAUUGCCUCAUUUUGAAACAUGGUCCAAUGACAAAAAGGGCAUGAUCCUAAACGAUCAGGGGCAUAUCCUGGGGGCCACUCCCGAAGUGCUUGUGCAAGUGUUAACCUCACAUGAAAAAAUCGCCACAUCAUGCGACACGAGUGUUCGCGACAACACCAAGACAUGUGAUCAGCUAUUCACGGAAGCGUUUUUCUAUCAUUUUCGCAAUUUUACUGAUCCUUGUACCCUGGUUUCCUUGCUUCGCCACCGGUUCCAUUUGCAGCCUUGCUUCCCUUUGGACGAAGCGGAAAGAAUAACAUGGGAAACCAAUAUUCUCAUCCCUAUUCGUCGACAAGUGGUCAAUGCUUUGAUUACAUGGCUCGCCCAUUACUUCAACUAUGAAAAAGAUCAAGUGAUGAAGGACGCCUUGCUGACCUUGAUAAACAAUGACAUCACCCCGGUCAUGCCUGUGCUUGCCGAACGUCUUUUAACUAUUGCCAACGAAAAAUUUUCUGAAGGAGAAGCGGCAGCCAGUAAUGUCACCGAUGAUGAAGAAUCGUCCGCAACACGGGACACCCUCACUUCGUCUGAAGCCGAUUCCACUUCACCACGUGUGAAACCAAUGCGCACCGCGUUACGCAAAAAAUCCAUUAUCCUCGAUAUCUUUAGCUAUUCCAUCGAACCGCUUGAGAUGGCCAAACAGCUCACCAUUGCUGAGAAUGCGCUUUUCUGCCAAAUCGAGCCACACAAGCUUAUGAGUAUGCCCAAAAGUAAAUUAAGCAGCGAAAAACACGUCAAAGCUUUGAUUCAGCGCAGCACUUACCUUGUGCGAUGGAUUUGUAACACGAUCCUUGACGAGUAUGAUUGUAAAAAACGCGUGCACAAUCUGAAAUACUGGAUCACCGUUGCGGAGAACUGUCUGCAGCUGCAAAAUUACAACACACUGAUGUGUAUCCGCUGCGCGCUGAAUUCCGCCGCAUUGUCUCGAUUGAAACGGACGUGGGACUUCAUCUGGCGGUCGACUAAAUAUACGGCCAUCUAUAAAGCCAUCGACAGUGUGACGUCUUCAGAGCGCAAUUAUGCAGUUUACCGAUCCUGCUUACGACGAGCCACCACGCCUUGUCUUCCGUUCCUGGGGAUUUUCUUGAGCGACAUGGUUUUCAUCGAUGACGGCAAUCCGGAUUUACGUGGCGACCUUAUCAACUUUGACAAGUACAUGAAGAUGACGCGUAUUCUAUACGAUUCGAUCAUAGCUUUCCAGGUCCCAUACAGUCUUCAAUCCGUUGAAGAAGACCAACGAUUUAUCAACCAAUGUCUGGAAGCGGUUUCUGUCACUCAAACAGACGAACAAAUGCUGUACAGUAAAAGUCUUGAGAUCGAACCAAAAGCAGAUGAUUCGCACUGUUAACACCAUUAUCAUCUUUUUUUUUUCUCCUGCAUUCAUCAUUUAUUCAUCCCUAUUACUAUUUCUAUAUACUAUUUAUAUUCUGUAACCUUGAAAAAACAAAUACUUGCAUUACUUAUCACCUACUGAAUGGUCGAA